AUGCUUACCACUCGCCGGGGGCUGCAGCUCCUGACCACUGUCAUCCUAUACUUCCUCGUUCACCUCCUCUUCAUCACCCUUUUCCGUCUCCCGCUCUCGCUUUUCCGUAUUUUCGUUUUGAUCCUCUUCUUUCUCUUUUUCUUCUUCCCCUCAUCCUCCUCCUCCCCCUCCUACCCCUCCUCUCCGUCUUUCUUUUCGAUCUAUUUUCCCUCACCUAAUAUUUUCUCCGCUACCCCUUCAUCGCACAUCCGCCCUCUGCCUCCUCCUCUCCAUAAUCAUCAUUCUAAUUCUAUUUUGCAGGCCCACUUCCUCAUUCGCCUCCUCCAACAUUUCCUUCCCCCACACAGUGUGCCUUCCUCUCGAAACGCUAUACCUCCUGCCUCUUACUAUCCUGCAAUUUCUUGCUUGCCACCUCUCCCCUCCUCCUCCUCCUCCUCCUCCUCCGUAUUUAAGUAA